AUGGGAAGUCUGGCCACAAGGCUACCUUCUGCCAGAAUCAGUUGUCUGGAAGGUUCCAUUGCUUAUAGCCCCUACUGUUACUACUUCAACAAAACCUGUUCAACUUCGGCUGAUGCAGAUAGGAACACAAACUCAGGCUACUAAGUGUCAGUGCUCAGCCAGGCUGAGGGCAACUUUGUGGCCUCUCUGAUUAAGGAGAGUGGUGCUACAGAAGUCAAUGUCUGGACUGGCCUCCAUGAGCCCCAAAAGUGUACACAUAAGACAGACCCUUUCACUCCUUUCUGUCUUGUAGAUGCUGUUAUUUUAACUCCUAUCUCCCAGAACUGUCAUUGGCACUGGAGCAGAGGCAAUUCCACGUGUAAGAAGUGGAAGGCAUUCUCCUUAAUUUCUACACUGAGUCUUAAAGAAUCUCCUGAUUUGAAUUUUCCCAGUGGUUUUGUAGGUUACAAGAAGCGGAGAGAUGACAGUUGUGAUGCACAGUACUCGUUUGUCUGCAAGUUCAAAGGUUAA